GCCGAUCCAACCAUACCAACAACGACGCGAUUCUCCGAAAGUCUAGAGAUUUAUUUAUUCUGAGCUUGUUAUAAAGCAAAGAUUGCUAAUUGAGGAUGCCUCGGGACUUGUCAAGAUCGAGGUCACCUUCUCCAUCACCUUCACGUCGCAGGAAGCACUCUAGGUCUCCUGUAAGGCAUAGGCAUAGCAGGAGAAGCAGGAGAGACAGAAGCCGUUCUCCAUACUCAUCUUAUUCAUAUAGCAGGUAAUAAUAAUAAUAAUAAUAAUAAGGCCGAGCUGUUUGUCUGCACUUAUUAAUUGGUUCAUCAUAAGGAUUGUAAGAAACUAAGAAACAUGGGUGGAAUCGAAAAAUGUUAUUUAUCUUGCUGGCUAGAAAUUUAAUCUGUUUUAAGCUCUAUGCUUCUUCUUAUUACCAACUGCUCUUAGUAAACCCUUCCUAUUGUUUAUUCUUCUCCAAAUGGGAGAGAGCUCUAUCUGGAUGGUACAGAUGCUAUCGUAAUAGUUUUUGACUGAUGGUCUUGUUGGAAACACUUUUUUUAAAAAAAAUUUGUUUGAUUAUUGUAAGCAGUUUUGGCUGAAAUUUUAAUUUAUUGGGUUAUUUUUAUUUCCUGAGUUUCGCGUUUUAGAUAGUGCAGCCUGCAUUUUCAUAAAAAGCAGAUUGUAGUUCGGAUAACAUUACUGGUUUCUGAUCUAAUUUUUCUCAGAAGUUCGAAGUUUAUUUAUUUUUAAAUCCUGUUGUCAAUUGUCUUCGAGUGAUCCUGAGCAGUCAUUAACUCAUUAGGAUGCUCGUUUAAAUGGAGAUAGUUAACAAUAAAGAGAUUAAACCACCUUAUAUGUCUAAGUAGGAUAAUAGAAUGAUACGUUGAGAACUAUGACUGAGAAAUUAGGAAGAGGAUCCAUGCUCUUGCCAUUAUGUUAAAAAGCUCAAAUUUCUUCCCGUUCUAUGGGAGGGGAAGUGAGCAGGUGAUGCUGUUGGGUAUUCUUUCAUUCAUCCUUUCUCACAUUAGCUUCUUCAUGUGAUAAAAAGUUGGAGCUGAUUAUUCUUAUCAGUGUAUGAGACGAAGAAGUCGUUCUAUCUCUCCUAGGCGCCACCGGAGUCGAUCUGCUACUCCUAAGCGACGCUCACCAACACCAAAACGUUACAAAAGACAAAAGAGUAGGAGCUCUUCUCUAUCUACUGCAAAAAGAUCUCCUGCCACAACCCUUGAGUCAGCUAAAAAUAGUAAUGGAGGAAAGCUAAUCAAAGAAGAGGAAGAGCGGAAAAGGCGACAGCAGGAAGCAGAACUGAAGCUAAUAGAGGAAGAAACUAUGAAACGGGUUGAAGAAGCUAUUAGGAAAAAGGUUGAAGAAAGCUUACAGUCUGAGAAAGUCAAAAUGGAAAUUCUAACACUGUUGGAGGAAGGACGAAAGAGAGUUAGUGAAGAAGUCGCAGCUCAGCUUGAGAAGGAGAAGGCAGCUUCUCUUAUCGAGGCCAAAGAAAAAGAGGGCGUCAUGCGGUGUUUGUCGCAGGAAAGAGAGCAACAAGGGAAAGAAGAGAUGUCGAGAAUAGAGGAGGAGAACAGGAAGAAAGUAGAAGAAGCUCAGCUAAAAGAAGCAAUGGAGAGGCAAAGGAAAGAGGAGGAACGUUAUCGGGAGCUGGAGGAGCGGCAAAGACAGAAGGAAGAAGCAAUGCGAAAGAAGAAAGCAGAAGAGGAAGAAGAACGUCUGAAACAGAUGAAACUGUUGGGUAAAAACAAAUCACGCCCUAAACUAUCCUUUGCCUUAAGCUCCAAGUGAAUGGAUGAAAAACAAAAUGAAAAUGGUUCUGUUGUGAUGAUAUGUGCUUCUUUCUCUCAAAGAUGCUUUAUGAUUAUUUGUUGGAGCUUAAACCACCCUUUUAUUA